AACAGUUUCAUUUAGUAUCAUUUUUGUCACACCGGUCAUCAAGGAGCAAUCUACGACCAUGCCUCUCUUCAGGGAACUCUUGGUUGUACUUUUGGCCUUCACGACCGUUGCACUGGGGCAGAUGAUCGGCCAAGAUGACAGGAGUCAUAAGGCUGCCGGCAAUUCACUCCUGAAGAAAUACUUCGGGUACGCUACCAACAAAGAGUACUUAAAGAAAGAGAUAAGUUCCUUCUUUCAUCCAAAGCCUUUCUACUCGAAGAAUUCCAUUAAUGAUUACGGUGGAAAUGGAAUGAAUGACUUUAAUUACAAGCCAUCUUCAUCGAAAUCGAAAGAAACCUUACCAAUUCCUCAGUUUACUGGAAAUGGAUUGAAUGACUUCAAGUACAAUCCAUAUUCAUCGAAAUCGAUACAAACCUCAUCCGUUCCUCAGUUUACUCAUAAUUCCGUAACAAGAAAAUCGUCAACAACGCCAUCAUCGGAGGUGAAAGAAACCACCAUCGUUCCCGAGUCAACUCCCAUUCAGUCUGUGACAGAACAGCCAUCAUCACCACCUCUGAGCUCUCCUUGUCAAACUCCGGCGCAAUGGGAGGGAAAAGCCACAGAGUGGGACCACAUCAAGGGCGUCAAAAACCAUUUCCACAUCACCUUUGAUGGCAUUAACCGAAGCAAGCGGAUCCUGGUAGAUAAACACGCCAAAAUCCUAGGAAAAAGUAUUUACGAGUACAUCAUGCUUUAUGAUGAAGGGAUACAAUACGUCAUCAAUCAUGACAACAACACAUGCACAGUGGAACAGCUAGGAACAUGGAGUAACUUCACCAUUCCAUCCAAUGCUACUCUUGAGGAAUCCUAUGAGAUUGCAGGAAGUGGCGUCAUGGUGCAGGAGUGGUCAGAUAGAAUUCCAGGAAAGCAAAAGGAAAGUUGGAUUGGUACAUUCACUUACCCUGGUUGUUUGCCAGUGAAAGAAAUCGUCAUGGAGAAGGAUGAGCACCACACGACUGUCCAUUCAGUUAGUACCAAGUUCAUUGGCAUCCGGAUUGGCAUCACAAACAUCUCAGUGUUCACACCUCCAUCAUUCUGUAAGAAAGCUACAUCUCCAGUCAAGGACACUGAUCAAACAAAUGUCGAUACGUCAGAAGAAGAAUCGGGUGACAAAGUUCUUGAACGGUCCGGAGAUGGAUCUGGUGAGUGGUCCGGAGAUGGACUAUCAGGCGAAGGGUCUGCUGGUGGAUCUUUCGAAUCGGCCAGUGAGGAUAUGUCAGGAGAGGGGUCAGGUGACGAAGUUCUUGAAUGGUCUGGAGAUGGACUAUCAGGCGAAGGGUCUGGUGGUAAUUCUUUUGAAUGGGUCAGUGAGGAUAUGUCAGGAGAAGGAUCGGGUGACGAAGUUCUUGAAUGGUCCGGUGACAGAUCUGGUGAAUGGUCUGGAGAUGGACUAUCAGGUGAAGGGUCUGGUGGUGGUUCUUUUGAAUGGGCCAGUAAGGAUAUGUCAGAAGGGUCAGGUGACGGAUCUGGUGAAUGGUCUGGCGACUGGUCUGGUGAAGGUUCUGGUGAAUAAAAUCUUGAAUGGUGUGGCAUUUGUGGGCCCGUUGUAUAAGAUACUCUUAUUUGUAACUUUGCCAUCCAACAGUUGUCCUCUAAAAUUUCAUAAUUUCAUGCAAAGGAAUCGUGGUGAGUGUUCCGGUGAGGAAAUGUGUCUUGAGGACUUAGGUAGAGUCAUCUGUAUGUUUUGGUAAGAAAUCCUCGAUUGAAGGGCCAAGGAGGGUUCAUUGUAUGGUAAGCUGAAUGAUCUAUUUAGUAUUCAAGUGUUUGGAUUAGCAUUCUCUGGCCAGUUUAGAUAUACAGAACCUCAAAUGCACAAAUGACAAAACUAUUUUGAAUCACCAAUUUUUAACAAAGACUUCUUGGCUGUUCAUCGUCAUGAAGGGGAUUUGAUUCAUUUUCUGUUCUUGAAUCUAUAGUGUGUUGUGGAGAAGAAUUUCCCUUUAAACGAUGAAUAUGUUGCAGUAAUGACAUUAUUUUAUGAAGUGGGGUUUAGCGCAAUAUAUGGAAUAUUUGAAUAUGGUAGAAGCAGAGUUAUAAAUU